AUGAAAAUAUGGAAGCGAAUAAGCAAGGAAUUGUUGGCAGCGUUGAUUGUGACGACUGUUUUAUUCGGUUUCUACUAUUACUUGGCUGUCAUUGCACCUGGUCAAAUGCAAGAAUGGUUGGGCCAAGGUGGAAACUAUUGGCCGGAUAUUAAUUACAAGACGAGCAACAAGUUGAGACUCACUUUGUACGAUAUUGGAACAGCGGUACAAUUCUUGAGUCUCUUUACCACAGCAUUGGCCGCUUAUCUAUCGGCGAGAAACGACCGGUUGACGGUGUCAAUUCGGCUACUCGCCUGCCUGGAGAACGCGAACAAAUUUCUCUAUUGCCUCGUCUCUUUUAGCAACUGGGCUUGUGAACAUGUAAAGAUUGAUGAUAAACGAAUCUCUCGAAAACUGUGUGCUUUUAUGAAUGACGGCGUUUUCUACCUGGACAAGACGUUUAAUCUUCUAGACAUUGCCCUUUAUUGUCAGUUGAUGAUCUCACUAAAUCGUUUCAUGGCCGUCUCCUUCGACGGUCUCUACUUUCGAUACACUCGAAAAUGGCCAUUGAUUCAAUUAUUGAUUCCAUAUCUGUUGAAAAUCGGGUUGAUUUUUUCCGAGAGAUGUAUAAAGAAUUGGGCGAUCUAUGGAGAGUUUGAUAUUCUCUAUUUAUGGAGAUUUGACUAUCGGGAGACAUGGGAGAUAUGGAACUAUUUGACCCUCUUUCCCCAGUUUUUGAUGUGCGGAUUGGAUUUUUCAACAAGUAGAAGGCUUAAACAGCUGAGAAAAGACGGAAAGGCGAGUCGGGCGGAGAGUUUGCUGAUGAAACAGAUGCUCAUCCACUCAAUCAUCAUUUUGUUCUUCAACCUGUUCCGUUUUCUCGCUCCUAGUCUUGUUUCUGGUCUCUUUGGUGGAAAUCUCGGAUACAUUGUCUUCGAAUUCAUUCCCCGUUUCAAGGAUUUCUUGCUGAACUUCGUAGGCAGUAUUCUCUGUGCUUUCUUACUUCGAAAGCGACCAGAAAACAAGUCCGAGGAGAGGGCCACAAAAGAAACGACGACAAACACGAGUCGGGAAGCUUUUUCGAAGAGAAAGCAACCGAUUCGAUCCCAU